AUGCUGGGUGUGGGCAUCUUCAAUUCUGAAACUGUGUUCCAAAGUGGCUGCACCAGUAGACAAUCCCACCAGCAGUGGGAGAGCGUUCUGAGGCGACAAUCGUCACCAUCACACGCCUGCGGCUUCUCCUUUGAGCGGGAUCCUACUCUCAGGGACCCGGUGGCCAUGGCUAGGCGGUGGCCGUGGAUGGUCAGCGUGCGGGCCAAUGGCACUCACAUCUGCGCGGGCACCCUCAUUGCCUCCCAGUGGGUGCUGGUUGUGGCCCACUGCCUGAUGAAGCGUAACGUUGCCUAUUCUGUGCUGGUGGGGAGCCCAGAAAUGGAUGAGCCAGCACAGCAUGCCCGCAGUGUCCCAGUGGGCCAGGUCAUCGUAAACCACAGGUUCCGGUCCCGGCGGUACUGGUCAUGGGUGGGCCGGGCCCACAAUGUCGGCCUCCUCAGGCUCCAGUCGACGCUCAAGUACAACAAGUAUGUCUGGCCCAUCUGCCUUCCUGGCUUGGACUUUGAGGUGAAGGACCAUUCCAUCUGCACUGUGACAGGCUGGGGACUCCCCAGGAUUAAUGGUGUAUGGCCCCAGUUCCGGUCCAUUCAGGAGAAGGAAGUCACCAUUCUGAACAACAAUGAAUGUGAUCAAUACUACCACCGGUUCUCCAAAAUCCCUACUAUGGUCCGGAUCAUCAACUCCCAUAUGCUUUGUGCAGAGGACACCGAUAGAGAUAAUUUCUGCUAUGAGAAGAGCGGCGAACCCUUGGCCUGCCCUUUGGAGAGCACGUGGUACCUGGUGGGAAUGGUGAGCUGGGGCCCAGGCUGCAAGAAGGGCGAUGCUCCACCCAUAUACCUUCAAGUCUCCGCCUACCAACAGUGGAUCUCGGCCCGCCUCAACGGGCAGUCCCGGACCCUGCCAGCCCUAUGCAGGGCCCUGCUUUUGGCACUCCUGCUGCCCCGCAGCUUCCUGGCCGCUCUCUGAUGCUCUGCGUGCUGUCCCUGGGAGCACCCUCUUUCACCC